AUGUACGUGAGCUACCUAUUGGAUAAGGACAUGAGCAUGUACCCCAGCUCCGUGCGCCAUUCUGGCGGGCUCAAUCUGGCGCCGCAGAACUUCGUCAGCCCCCCGCAGUACCCGGACUACGGAGGUUACCACGUGGCGGCUGCGAACUUGGAUAGCGCCCAGUCCCCCGGCCCCUCUUGGCCCUCUCCUUACGGCGCUCCUCUCCGGGAGGACUGGAAUGGCUACGCACCGGGAACUACCGCUACAGCCAAUUCAGUGGCGCACGGUCUCAAUGGGGGUUCCCCUGCCGCAGCUAUGGGAUACGGCAGCCCCGCCGAUUACCAUUCACAUCACCACCCGCACCACCACCCUCACCAUCCAAGCACUGCACCCUCCUGCGCCUCCGGGCUACUGCAAACACUCAACUCCGGGCCGCCGGUGGCCGCUGCAGCUGAACAGCUCUCUCCCGGCGGCCAGCGGCGCAACCUGUGUGAAUGGAUGCGGAAACCGACGCAGCCCUCCCUGGGCGGCCAGGUUAAAACCAGGACGAAAGACAAAUACCGAGUCGUGUACACCGACCACCAGCGGCUGGAGCUGGAGAAAGAAUUUCACUAUAGCCGGUAUAUCACCAUCCGGAGGAAAGCGGAGCUGGCUGCCACACUGGGACUAUCUGAGAGACAGGUUAAAAUCUGGUUUCAAAACAGAAGAGCCAAGGAAAGAAAAAUUAAUAAGAAGAAAUUGCAGCAGCAACAGCAGCAGCAACCACCUCCACCUCAGUCACAGUCUCAGCCUGGUGCUUUGAGAAGUGGCCCAGAGCCACUAAGUCCAGUAGCCUCCCUGCAAGGCUCAGCACCAGGGUCUGUCCCUGGAGUUCUGGGGCCUGCUGGAGGAGUGUUGGCCCCCACCAUCACACAAUGA